CAACUAUAUGUCGUGUUGUCAAUAAAGCUUUGGAACACACGCGUGGUGCUUAGUAGUUGUAGAGGAAGACGAGUGGUGGCCACAAAUAGCAUCGAAAACUCGACAUUUUCCGCGUUAUUUUUAUAUUUUGAGCCUUAAUAUUACACAUAGCUAAGAAAAUGGCCGAAAGCGACUGGGACACCGUGACUGUUUUGAGGAAGAAGGGGCCGACCGGUGCUCAGGCUAAGUCCAAGCAGGCGAUCGCCACUGCUCAGAGACGCGGCGAGGACGUGGAGACCACCAAGAAAUGGGCUGCAGGGCAGAACAAACAACACCUGGUCAGCAAGAAUACGGCCAAACUGGACCGUGAGACCGAGGAGCUGCAUCACGAUAGGGUCCCCUUGGAGGUGGGCAAGGUGAUCCAGAAAGGCCGCCAGGAGAAAGGAUUGACCCAGAAGGACCUCGCCACUAAAAUCAACGAGAAGCCACAAGUGAUUGCCGACUAUGAAAGUGGGAAAGCCAUCCCCAGCAACCAGGUCAUGGGGAAGAUUGAGAGAGCCAUUGGUAUGAAGCUGCGCGGGAAGGAAAUUGGUCAACCACUGGAGCCCAAAUCCAAGACGAAAUGAAGAUAAAGCCUCGAAAUCAGCCCUUCCCUAGCCCAACCCCCUUCCCUUCCCCGGGCUGAUGAGUCCAGCAUUCCUGCCAAAGGAACUGACUGGACACCCCGCAUCACAGGCUACACACAGACACAAUAAAACAAAACAAGAUGUUAUACAAUGCAUGAGAGCUUUGGCUUUUUGGUUCUUUUGCUUCCACCCACCCUGGUGUGAUGAUAAUGAUACUUGCUGAGGUAAAACAGUUGCCAGCAUGCUGAUGGCCAAACAUGCUUGAGUCUUGGCAUUAGUUUCGCACACUUAGCGACAGUUGACAUUUAUGUCAUUAACAGUGCAAAGCCUUUCUAAUGUUCUGCUUAGUUUUCAUUGCAAAUAAACUGACAUUUCACACUUCAA